UCAAUGUGGAAGAAAUAAUACUAAUAGAUUAGUCUAGAUCUAGAUAGAUAAAAUAAAUAAAAAAAGACUUGACGUAUCUAGAUCUAGAUCUAUAUAAAGGCGAUAGUGCCGAUAGGAUAGGAGGGCAGGGCUUGGACCGGCUUGGUGAACUGAAUCAUAAUGAUAAAUGAUGAUAAUAUCAUUGAAUGAGCUUUUUUGAGGCAAUCAUCCAAUGACAAUGUCAAUGACAGUAUGAAUGACAAUGAGUUUGAAUGAGGUCCAUUCACUGAUUCAGGCGAUUGCCAUUCCAUUUUUAUCAUUUGUAGAUGAGAUAAAUUACCUUUAAAUCUUUACUUUAAUUUAAGUUUAAUAACAUAAAUUAAUUUCAACAGUUUGACGCCUUGACUGUAACUUGAGACUGAGUGUAAAGUGUAAGGUUACAAGACCCAAAUUUGACUUCACAAAAAGAGACGAUGACAAGUUAUUUUUUUUUUAUUAAUAAAAAUGAAAAUUGUAACUUAAGUAGACCUAGAUCUAGUUCUAGAUUAAUCUAGAAACUCAGAAUAACAUGAGAAUGGAAUAAUCUGAAUAUAGAUUACACUGAAUGUGACUGAUUAGAGAGAAUUAGAUUUUCAUCUGAGUGAACUGAGUGGUCAAAAAAUAACCUAGAGAAUGGUCACAAUGGCUAAAGUUUGGAGGCUAUCUGAUUCAUUUCAUGGCCUACCCAGAGUUGAAAACUUUGUACUGACAGAAGAAGAAUUACCUUCUCUCUCUAGCAAAGAUGUACUGAUUGGAGCAGUUUAUUUGAGCCUGGAUCCAUAUUUUAGAGUUUUCUCAAGUGGCAAAAAUUUACCAGGUGAACAAGUUGGCAGAGUGCUUGACUCCAAAUCUGCUGAAUAUCCAGUUGGUUCUCUAGUGUGUGUCCAUGCCGGUUGGAGGUCGCACAGCGUCAUCAAUGUGACCAAGCCCAGAAGUUACGGGACUAAAGUUGUGAAAAUUGUGGAUGUCUCUGGUGUCUCUCCAUCGCUUUGGUUAGGAGCUGCUGGCAUGCCAGGGGUCACUGCCUUCAUGGCUUUUCACAACAAAUGUCAUCCCAAGCCUGGUGAAGUUAUAGUGGUCAGUUCCGCUGCAGGGGCCGUGGGCAGUGUUGUAGGUCAGUUGGCCAAGUUAAAGGGUCUGACUGUGAUCGGUAUAGCUGGAUCUAAUGAAAAGUGCCAGUAUAUAAAAGACCUUGGUUUUGAUCACGCCAUAAAUUACAAAAUGGAUGACAUCUCAUCCAGUCUUGACACUGCUUCACCUUCUGGCGUUGACAUUUACUUUGACAAUGUGGGUGGCAAUAUAUCUAACACAGUAAACAGCAAAAUGAAAUCUCAUGGCCGUGUUUUAGACUGCGGUAGUAUUUCUACUUACAAUGAUGACUCAGCAAGUCAAGGUCAUUAAAAACGUAAGAAGAGUGUCAGACAUGAAAGUUUUGCAAUCUUUAGUCCAGAAAACUUAUCCCACUUUGAAGAAGUCAGGUGGGAACUGAUUGAGCUUAUCAAACAGGGUAAAUUAAAAACCAAAGAACACGUGACCGAAGGCUUUGAGAACAUGCCUGCCGCGUUCAUCAGUCUCUUCAACUUUGGAAAAGCUCUGGUGAAAGUCUAAACAAUACUAGAUUCACCUCCACUGUUCGUAUGUUCUCCUCACACUGUAGUGGCUUGUUUCUUCCCCAUGAGGGCGAUGUGGAGUCUUCGCUUUUGAUGAACCAAAACUCCAUCUUUUGUGACUCACUAUGAAGUGAGAUGCAUGUGUUGAUUUUUCUUAUUUACAUCAGUGGCUAACAAAUUAUAUUGGUAACCUACGAUAAAAAAAAAAAAAAAAAAAAAUAUUCACACCGUAGCUGAAACUUGAAAAUAGUCAUUUGUGAGGAUUUAGAAAGAAGAUUUGAUUACUUUGAAUUGAAGUUUACAGUAACAUAAUCGGCCUGCAAAAUUAAAUAAUUUUGUUUGAUAUAAUUUUCAUCAAAUUAUUUUUGAUGAUUGCAUAGAGUAAAGGCAGGUUUUACUACAGCAGACCCAACCUACCCAUGCCUUGGGUGUGGCUUGUUUUUCAAAGUUUAAGAUCAGACUUCACAGUCAUCUUAGAGAUGAGAUUAAUUUCAUCCCCAACUAAACACAAUCUUAUUAUUAUGAUUAGUUUUAGUCAAAAGGUAUGUUUAAAACAUGUUUUUAAAAAGACCACGAUACAAAUCCUGAAUUUCUGUCACCAGUUGAAUUUUGAAAUUGAGACUUGAGACAUAAUUAGACAUAAUUAGUUUUUCUCUAUCAAUGACCUCCUUUAGUAGCAAAGACAUGAAAUGAAUGUUUAGGUAUUACAUGAAAUGAAUGUUUAGGUAUUACAUGAAAUGAAUGUUUGGGUAUUACAUGAAAUGAAUGUUUGGGUAUUACAUGAAAUGAAUGUUUGGGUAUUACAUGAAAUGAAUGCCUGGGUAUUACAUGAAAUGAAUGCCUGGGUAUUACAUGAAAUGAAUGUCUGGGUAUUACAUGAAAUGAAUGCCUGGGUAUUAGCUAGUUGGAAGAAUGCUGCACACACUCCACACAGAUGAUGUAUCCAAUAGAAAGAAUAGGAACAGUACUGUUUGGGAUCAGUCUUUCUAUCUUUACCUGAAAACUGUUGUUAUUACCUUAUGUGGACUCAGUUCUUAUAUGUUCAGAUUGGAAUAUUGCAUUUUCUUCAUUCAAUAGUUGUGUUGAUCUUGAGGUUAACAAUAAGGAUGUUUAACUUU